AUUAGUGUUUUUCAAUAAAUAGGUUUAUUGCUUUUUCCUUUCUAUUAAGAAGUUACAGAAGGCUUCAGUUUAUGAGUUAAUCUGUUUUUUUUCUUUUGCAGGUACAGCUGUAGGUAAAGAAAUGUAAACUUGCAGUUCAUGCAGGAAACUUCUCUAGCAUCUAAUUAAGCAGAUAUAGAAAUUGAAAAUGCCAUUUUUGGGGAAAAUUGUUGUUAUUAAGAGAAAUGGAACCGAUGGAACUCAUUUUCCGCUCACUGCAAACUCUUGUUUGUUUGGACGGAAAAAAGAAUGUGAUAUUCGAAUCCAGCUUCCUCAAGUUUCUAAAGAACAUUGUAAAAUUGAAGUCAAUGAAAAUAAAGAGGCAGUGCUGUUUAACUUGAGUUCUGCAAAUCCAACACAGCUAAAUGGGAAUCUCUUUCAAGAUCCCACACACUUAAAACAUGGAGAUAUACUGACAAUUAUUGAUCGUUCUUUCAGAUUUGAAUAUCCACCUUCAUCACUUCCUCAGAAGAGACUUUCUAGAUCUCAAGAGAAGGAAACAUUACAGAUUCUUCAUGUUCAGCAUAUGCAACAGAUGGAUUUGCUGCACCCACACAACUCAGAUUACAAAAGUUCUCCAAUUACUGGCAAGAAAUUUGAAAUUUGCUCUCCUAGAAGAAAUGAGAAAAGACUUCAAAAACAAUACAGCACAUCUGAAUUUAAGUACAAAAUGCACAGCACUGAAAAAGCAAAUGAAUUGUCUCCUUUUAGCAAACUUUAUGAAUUAAUGAAACAUGAAGAUAGCACAGGCAAUGUAAAGGAAAAUACUGAUAAUGAGAACUUGCUGGAAGAUGUAUUUAGCUCAAGAUCUAGGAGGUCUGCAAUGAGUCGAGCAAAGUUAACUAAAGUUGAACAAUCUGAAGAUAGUAAAAUUCAAGGAAAGCAUGAUAUUGUAGCAAGUCCAAUACCAACAUUUGAAGAGAAGAACUCUGAAAAAUUAUCAAGCACUCAAAAUUGUGGUAUACAACAGAAACGAGAAUGUGAGGGUGCAAAUCAGUCAGAUUUUAAGAACAUAGAAGAUAAUGAACUGGAAAAGUAUGCACAUUUUAAAGCCAAACAGCAGAGCGGACAGCAUUUCUCUGAAUCAUGUAUACUGUCAUUGGACUAUGCAGAAAAGGUUAAGUGCCUUAACAAAUUUAACGUAACAGAUGCUUUCACAUCUGUAGAAAAUACUUUGCCCAAAACAAAGCCUAACCAGGAGAGUACUCAAAAUUAUCCCAGUCCACAUUCUAGAAAGUCUCGAAGAUCUUCCAAGUCCAGAAGGACAGGGGUUGAAAUAGAUUCACUGAACAGAAUGAAGAGCUCUGGAGAAAUGAAAGAGUGCCCUGUACAAGUUAGUGGGCAGGAACAUGAAUCUGAUAUUUUGAUUGAAAAUAUAUAUUCUAAAACAAAUGAAAAUAGAGAACUGGUCACAGAAACAGCGCUAAAUCUGAAAGAUUCAGAAGAUGGAAAUUCUAGUACUGUUUUCAGUUCACUUCAUCUUAAUACUAGUGAAAACUGCAAUAACAACAUUGAACUAAAUAAAACUAUUUCAAAUGAAUAUUCUUAUACAGAGGCAAUAGAUAAAGAAUCAAUAAUCCCUGCAGAUCUUUCCCAAACCAGUGAAAUAAUGGCAAAUGAGAUUCCUGAAAAAAACUUGGAAGCAAAGUAUCCUACAAAUGAAAAUAAAAAAAUAGGAACAGAAAACCGUGAGCAGAACAUUAAUAUCAAAAACGAUAUACCUACUUUUUCCAGUUAUGAAAGCAGAGUUCAAACAUCAGCCAAGGUUAAUGCUGUUUCUGAAAUGAAUGUGUUAUGUCCACUUAAUAAAAAGUCAGAGGUUAAGAAAUCACCUCAAAAGCGUAGAGGUACAGAACUAGAUUUUCUAGUCCAAUCACUUGGAAAGAGGAAGAGAGUGUCUUUUGGUGGCCAACUGAGUCCAGAACUCUUUGAUAAGCGCUUACCUCCAAACUCACCACUUAAAAAGGGGGCCAUUCCAGCAAGACUAAGCAUGCCAUUUGGAAACUCACCACGAGCAGUUCUGAAAAAAGCUGCAGAAUUAAAGCAGUCUGUAACACAGGGUUCCUUUGAGAAGAAGCAAUAUGAAAAUAUUGUGUUAAAGAAAGCUGACUCGCCUAGUGUGCCCCAGAGGCUACAAUGUAUCUCUGAUCCUCAUGUUGCAAGUCAAUCUUCAGAGGGUGAAGAAACCACAGUAUCUAAUGCCACUUCAUCAUUAAGAAGGAGCAAACCCUGUGCUUUGAGGAGAAGUUCUGUACGUGGAAAAAGUGGAGCUAUGGGUACUAUUCACUCCAAAAGACGAAGUGGUGCUUCUGAAGCCAACUUGAUGGUUGUGAAGUCUUGGGCGGAAGUAGUGAAACAAGGUGUUCCAAAAGUGCAACUGAAGUCUGCUUCAAAACAGGCCCCUAAAACAAGAUCAAUGAAGAAAGUGGCUUCAAAAUCAUCAAAGAAUAACAAUUCAUUAAAAACACCAAAAAGAAAAAUCAGCGGUUACUUCUCAACAGGACAUGCAAAUUCUCCUGCUCCAAUUGUGAUUGGAAAAGCUCAUUCUGGAAUUUUGAACAUAACUGCACAAGUUCCUAAGGUGGUAAUCAGUUAUCCUUUGAAAAAGCAUUGUGACCUCAAUGAAAGUUUUACAGGGUUGGCUGAAAUGUUCUGCAGUCCACCAAAUGGAAAACAGAAAAGUUUUGUACCAGAAACUCAGAUAUCAGAAAUAAAUGCAUCAGAAGAAUUUGAAAAAAAGUCUGUUUUGGAUGUUAAUAUUUCAAGCCCAAAAAGAUCUUACAAUCAAGAUGUAAUAUUGGAAGAAGUAUCACAAAUACCCAUUCAUGAUAAUUUAAUGGUAUCACGAAAUGAAAGAAAUAUAAUGGGAAUGGAAGAAGAAAACCUGCAACAAGAAUCAGAGCCAGUCAAACAGCUUUUGGAAAUCAAGAAGCUUUUGAAGACACCAAAGCAAAAGUCAGAGCCAGUUGAAGCGCUUUCAGCAGUCAAGAGGCUCUUGAGAACACCUAAGGAAAAAUCUGAAUCUGUUGAGGUGCUUUCAGGGGUCAAGAGGCUUUUGAGGACACCAAAGCAAAAGUCAGAGCCAGUCGAAGCGCUUUCAGCAGUCAAGAGGUUCAUGAAGACACCUAAGCAAAAGUCAGAGCCAAUUGAGUCGCUUUCAGGAGUCAACAGACUGUUGAGGACACCUAAGGAAAAAUCUGAAUCUGAUGAGAUGCUUUCAGGGGUCAAGAGGCUUUUGAGGACACCAAAGCAAAAGUCAGAGCUAGUCGAGGCACUUUCAGAAGUCGAGAGGCCCUUGAAGACACCUAAGCAAAAGUCAGAGCCAAUUGAAGCGCUUUCAGGAGUCAAGAGGCUUUUGAGGACACCAAAGCAAAAGUCAGAGCCAAUUGAGGCGCUUUCAGGAGUCAAGGGACUUUUGAGGACACCAAAGCAAAAGUCAGAGCCAGUCGAGGCACUUUCAGCAGUCAAGAGGCCCUUGAAGACACCUAAGCAAAAGUCAGAGCCAAUUGAGGCGCUUUCAGGAGUCAAGAGGCUUUUGAGGACACCAAAGCAAAAGUCAGAGCCAGUUGAGGGGCUUUCAGGGAUUAAGAGGCUCUUUAAAUCACCUAAGAAAAAAUUUGAAUCUGUUGAGGACUUUUCAGGCGUCAAGAGGCUCUUUAAGAUACCUAAGGAAAAAUAUGAACCUGUUGAGGACCUUUCAGGGAUCAAGAGGCUCUUAGAGACACCUGAGCAAAAAUCAGAACCUGUGGCAGUGUUUUCAGGAAUCAAGACAUUGAAAACACCCAGACAGACUAUGGAGCCUCUUGCUGAUGAUACUAGGUUAUCUACUGAAGAACUAUUAAAAGACAUGAUUGGAAGUGUUACCAAAAAUAAAACACAAAUUAUGGAAGAUAUAGAUAUUAAUGGCAUUACUGAGGAAGUUAAGGAAACUGUGAAGCCAAUAGAAGAUAGCGGAAAUAUUCAAAUGACGUCACCAAAGGAAAGAUUUGAACCCAUAAAUAAUAUGGUUGGCAGCAGUCAGACAUUGAAAGCAUCAAAAUCUUUGCCAAUUGAUGACUACUUGGGAUUGCAGAAAUUUAUGAUUGAACCUAGAGAGAGUUCUAUAAUUCCUGAUAUAGAUAAUACAGGUGUCAAAGAGAUGUUGGACACUGAAAAUGAUAAGGCUAAAAUGCCAGAAUCUCUGAAUUUUGUGGAAGAAAAUGGAUCUUAUAUCAGUUCCAGAAAUAAACUGGAGUCCAUGGAAAAUGUGCCUGGAAGUUGUGAAGCAAACCUGGAAAUUAAAAUUGAAAAAGAAUCUCAUUUUCCAGUAACAGAAAAUAACAGUAGUGUUCCAAACCAUAUAGGCCAUGUUGCAUGUAAUUCAUUUAAUGAAUUGAAAACAGAGUUCAAAAAAACAACCAGAAGAACCUCUCUCUCUGAAAACUAUGAGCCAGAUGGAAUGAUUUCCAAAAAUGAAGCCAAAAUUGAUUUUGUAAAGGAAGCAGCUGAAAAUUCUGAUGCAUUAAAAACAGAAAAACCUGAACCACUUGCUUUGGCUAGAACUAGAAGGAAAAUAAAUAACUGUAGUUCCGCAGUAUAUACAAAGAUGAUUCAGAGGCCUACAAAGAAUAGAUCAACAUCAGCUAAUUGUGAGCAAGUCAGUGAAAGUUUUGACAGCCACAAAGAACUAAAUCCAUUGCACAAAUCUGAAAGCAAUUUUGCAACAAUUGAAACAACCAAAUUAUCUCAGAGAGGAAGACCAAAGAAGCAGCAUGUUGAAACAAAUGGGAAUAUAGGAUCUGACAACAUAAACCAUACUCAGGUAUUAGAAAAAUCUUUAAAGGAAGAAACAGUGGAAAAACAGUCUGUAAACAGGAGAAAAGUGGCAACUAAAAGAAAAGGAAAAACUGUUAGAAGUAUGGAUUUGGAAGAAAAUGGACCAAUUCAAGAACAUGAAAGUGAUAUAACUGUCAAAACAAUGCUACGGUCUAGAAAUGUAAAAAAGUGUGCGAGUGACGUAAAGACAACAUUUGCCAAAGGUAAAGCAAAUGACAUAAUAUCAGGGGAAGAAAGUAAUAAAAGAAGAAAGUUUGCUGCAAUACAAUCAAGCCCAGAAACAUUAAUCACAACUUUGAAUGCAGAUAAGAAAGGAAGGCAAAAAUGUACAGUAUCUAAAAUACGUAAAACCGAAGCUUCAGCAAAUAAUCUAACAGCAAUGGAAGAAAAUUUAGUGGGGAAGAAAAAAAAAGUUCAAUUUUUACUUAAAGAUUAUUUUAAGGCUUCUGAAAAAAAAUGUGCACUUGGAUAUGAGAGUAAUAUUCAUAAAGAAGAAGAAAGUCAAACUGAACACAUUUGUAAUGGGAUUCCAAAGGUUCCCUUGGAAAGCAUGCAAACUCCUGCAGAGGCCAGUAUGCCCAGAAUGGAAAAACUAUCAAAAAAGAAUCUGCCUAGCAGAGGUAGAGGCAAAAAAUCAGUUUCCAGCCCUUGUGUAGAAAGUGAAAGCAAUCAGGCCUCUGAUGGGAAAGAUCAUGAUGUGAUUGUCAGUCUAAAAGAAAAUCAGCCCAGAAGGGGCAGAGGAAGGAAGAAAGAUCAAGUGCUCCUCAAAUAUAUUCCUUUAGAAAAUAAUACUUCUGGAGAUUCAACAGCGAACGUAUGCCCUUCAUCCCAAGGCGGAUGUUCUUUGCCACAAGUUCAAAAUGAAAAUUUUGAAGAAUCUGAAAUGUUGCCAUUAGAAAAUGUACAAAAUCAUGAAGGGCACAUGCCGCCAAAAAGGGUAGUAAAAGAAAAUCCACCCAGGAGAGGAAGAAGCAAGCAAGUCAAUGAGCCAUCCGGUAAUAAAGGAGCUGAUGUCCAAGGUCCAAAUAUGGCCAUCAGACAAGAGGAUAAUCAGUCCAAAAGGACAAGGGGGAAGAGAAAUACUCAAGAAUUCUGUUCACUGAAGAGCCAAAAGACAGUGAAAGAGAAUCCACCCAGGCGAGGCAGACAUAAAAAAACUAUUUCUGGAGAUGUAUCUACAGAUUCUGACAAUACACACAUAACCCCUAUAAUAGAUGAAAAUAUAGAUGGCAAAAAUGCUUGUCUUGCAAAGGAGGAUCAGUCAAAAGUAGGCAGAAAAACAAGAAACACUGUUGUAUUUCAGAAAAUCCUUUCUCCUGUUUCUUGUCAUUUGUUGUCAUCAAACAGAGGGGAACAUUCAGAUGAACAGCCAAAUGAAGAUUUGAGGACAGCAAAUAAUGCAAAUGAGAAUUUCACAUACAACUGUAGAAAAAGGAAAGGUGUUCGUGAAAUUUCAGCAAACUCAGUUUUUUCCAGUAAAAAAUCUGAAUUUAUUGAUAAUGACAUUCAACAAAAUGGCAAGAAAGAUUCAAAAGUUGUAUCAAAACAAAAUACAUCCAGAAAUAAAAGAAAACUAUUAACACUUUGUGGAACGUCAACAGAGAAUAAUGAUGAACUAAGAAUUAACAAUAAAAAGAGUCCAUUAGUAACAGAUAAUGUUGGUCCUUUAGAAAACAAUUUUGGAAAAAAGCAUCAAUCAAAGAAGCAAAGAGAAGAAACUAAUAUUGCAUCACUAGCUUCUCCCUCCCUGAAAGUAAGCAUCACUUUGUCACCAUUACCUUCUGCUAAUGAAAAUCAAAGUGGAAACAGCGAAGAUUCUGUUGGAAAAAAGGAAUUAGCAAAACUUUCAGGUACAUACAAUAUAACGACACGCUCUCGAAAGUAUGUUAUUCCAAAAGAAGAGCUUGUUCAUGAAACCCAAAACAAAGAUUUGCAGAAAACAGCUACGGCAACUGUGAUCAAUCAAAGAAGAGGUAGAAGAAAAAUUAAUAAACUUGAGGCUGCUGUUUCUCCUUCCCUCAAAAAAAAAUGUACAUUAUCUGCAGGCAGUGAUAAUUUUCCUAAUGGACAAAUUCUAAAUAAUGUUUCAAAUAAAAAAGUUUCCUUAAUGGGCAAGGCACCGAAAUUUCUUGAAUUAAAAACCAUGACGCAAAACAUCAAUCAAAAUGAUUUGUCUAAUUAUGACCAAAAUAAAAAUCUUAAGCACUCAAAUAUGCUGGUGGAAAAGAAUUCAUCAGAACGUGCAAAAAGAAAAAUUAAUUCAAAAACAGUUACCACUUCUAACAUCGUGAAAAAUAUAAUUCCAGAAAAUAAAUCAACAGUACCUAAAACAGUGCAAACAAGAGGUAAAAGGAAAAUGAAAGAAGAAAAUACCACUCUGAUGACUGAGUUGCCUAAAGAAACCGAAGGCAGGACGAGAGCAAGCAAAAGAAUAAGAAAAUAGAUUACAAUAUUUGCUCUGAGUUAAUUUUUUAAUCUGAAAAAUUACGACCUUAAAACUUUGAAAUUGAAAUGCUUCAACAUUCGCUUCAGCUUAACCGUUGACAUUGAUAAUAUCUGAUGCAAAUAUUUUGUAAAUAGCUUUUCAAAUUAUUUUUAAGAUUUUUGUUUAAAAUAUUAAAGGAUUAGGAAUUUAAAUUUUAACUGUUUUUAUUUGCAUUGUCUAGAAUUUUUAAAAUGCUAAUGUUACUGUACUUAUGUGUUUCAAAAUUAAAAACAUACUUAAGCAGUAUUGUUUUAUAUGAUGAUCCAAUUGAUGCUAAGUAUUUGCUUCCACACUGCAGUAACUGAUGAUUACCAGGGUGAAAAACUAGCUAUUCAGAACAUAGAAAUCUGAAUUUGUACAAGGCCAGUGUUUUCUUUGUUUAACAUUAUCCCUAGAGUCUUGCUGCUUUGUACAAGGCAAGCCUGGAAGAUGUUUGAUUAGCAGUUGGAAGCAUGAUCCAUAAUCCUAUUGAAGGGUAUGUACCCAACUAGAAAAAACAUGGUUUGGAAGUUUGAAUAAACUGCUGGACAUGUUAUCAUACUGUCAAAGCAAAAUGCAAUUAAGUUAGAUAGUCCCAAGUUUUUGCCAACCCAGAUCCUUGGGAAUCCAGGGGCUUCCCAGGACCUUACUGCCCCAUAGCCUUUAAAUUCAAGUAUAGUGUGCUUAUCCAUCUACCCUACCUUUUUAUUGUGCACAAGCUUUUUUGAAAGAAAAGAUUAUAGAAAUUUCAGCAGUUGGAUUGCCUUCGCUUGGGACUCUUCCCAACGUUUUUAGUUUUACUAAGGGCUCCUGAAGUGGUAAAAGAUAGUUCUCUUAAGAAAUACUCACUAAUUUGAAAAUAUUACAGGCUCUGAACAUACUGUUACAUCAUGAGUAUUGGUACUGCCUGAUGGUGCCUGAAUUCUGCUUAGAAUAUUCCAGAAACCACUUGUACAUUCCUAACCUUAUUUUUGCAUAUCCAGAAUCUCUAGUUCAUUCCAUUCCUUACCUCUUUAAUUACACUUUUUAAAUAUCUUUUUUUCCAAUUAAUAUAAAAUGGCUAGUGAGAAAGUGAUAUUUGAAAAUUUUAAUAUUCAAAUUUUGUAUAUGUGAUUGGUGGAUUUGUUCUUAUUUUCAUUUUUCAUUUUAUCUACCUCUUUUUAAUCUGACAUUUAAAUUCUACAUAUCACAUUGAAUUGACUUCUCACCUACCAAACAUCUUUAGGAAGCACUUGGCAAUUGUAAACUCGCAAUCUAACAUUUUUACCCAUCAGCAACUUUACUUGCUAAGAUGUUCAUCCAUAAAUUCAGGAGGCUAUUACCUGUGUGUCUUUUAAAAGUACUAUAUUGCCAUUAAUUUCUGAUGAAAUAAUUACUUGUAGAUUAAACCAGUAACCGUAGUUCCAUGUGAGGCUUCUACACAAUUUAUAAUCAGGAACUAUAUAAUUUUUUGGUUUAUUUAAUUUUCUUUGAAAUACAAGCUGUUUCUGAGUAUGGACUAAUAAAAUUAUUAAAUUAAACACUGCA